UUCUUGGUGAUAAUUUGAUGCUAAGUGUGGAACGACAAAAAGAAUUAAAAUAUAUAAACAUGGUUAUAAAUGAAAAUCUGAGAUUAUAUCCUCCGGUAUGCGUUUAAUUCACAAGAAAUUAAAUUCCGAAAUCAUGUAAUUCCAGCUAAAACGUCUAUAGUAUUAUUCGUUUAUGGAGUCCAUCAUUCAUCAAAGAAUUGGGAAGAUCCCGAAAAAUUUAUUCCUGAAAGAUUUGAGAAUGAAAAACAUGAUCAUUAUGCUUGGUUAAGUUUUGGUGGCGGUAAUAGAUUAAAAUAUGAAGUAUCUUUACCAGCAGAUAGUAGUAUUCAUAAAGAUAAAUUAAGAAUUGUAAGUGAUGGUAGUGGAACUAUGGGUCUACAUCCAAUACCUUUAAUAUUUAAAAGAAGAACCGAUUAA